CAGCGAUUCCCCCUUGCCUCUCCCCCUCACCCAGCCCCGAAUGUUAACUUUCACAACAACUCUUCUACUGCUAACCGUCAUCCUCGUGUGUCUCCCGGCCGAGACAUACGCGUUUGGCGCAGGUGACAUCCCGGAUUUCGCAUACCUCAACGGCAAGGCAUUUCGUCAUGGUGAUAUCGAGAACGUGCUCUCUGAGCUGGUGAAAGCGGUCGGUCACAGCUCGGGCGGCCAUGGCGGAGGUAUUCUUGGCUUUGCGAAGAAGGUCUUGAAGGAAGCGAGUGGCGGACAGAAGUUCUCUGGCACGGAUGUGAAGCGUGUCUACUUUGGCAACUGGCUGCGCGACUUUUCGCAGGCGAUGGAUAUUGCUGGUCUGAGCAAGCUCUCCGCCGACACCAUUGUCCUCGUCGUCUCCGUCCUUGGCUUUGUUGACUUUGGCUAUGCCACGCGCGAGUUCGAGGUUACUGCCGACCGUCUGGGUGUCUACCUUCCGACGGAGCACAUUGACAACCCCAAGGGUUACGCUGAGGCUGAGGGCGAUGCUCGCCAGAUCCACCCGAAGCUGCGCCCGCCUGUCGAUGAACGCGAGCUCGAGAUUGACGAGCGUACUGGCAUGAAGAAAUACAUGGCCACCGAAGGCGAGAGCUGGGAUACCUCCACCGCUCUCAUCCGUCGCGUCUUCCGCGAGUGCAUCGAGCGUGGCCGCCGCGCCGAAGGCAACGACAACGAGGACCUCUGGGAGGCCUUCCGCCUCCUCGGCACUGGCAUGCACACCCUCGAGGACCUCCUCGCGCACAGUAACUGGUGCGAGAUCGGCCUGCGCAAGCUCGGCCACGAAGAGGUCUUCUGCCACGUCGGCGACAACGUCCUCGUCAACGCGCCCAACGGGGAGCGCGUCCCGCCGCUCAUCACCGGCACGUUCGGCAGCGCGGACUUCAUGCACUCGAUGCUCGGCGAAGCGACGGACAAGCUGAGCCAGUCGAGCGUGACGGAGAUCACCCACAAGAUGGACGACGCGAAGAAGGGGGACAAUGCGAAUAUCGACGUAAUCAAGGGUCUGAUUUCGAAGAUCUCCGGCGGUGGCGGCGAUGAUAAGAUGCAGAAGGGUGAGGAGAUGAAGGCAAAGUCGGAGGCGUACAACUUCGACCCGGACAACAUUGCCCCGCCGGAGGUCCAGCAACAGUUCAAGGAGCUGUUGAUCUGGCGCGAUGACCUCAUGCGCGACUUCGCGGAGACCAUUGAGAAGAUCCCGGGCCUAGACGAGCUCCUCGAGCAGCUCAGCAACGCCCUCAACGCCUACGUCUACACCGUUCUGGCGCCCUACAUCACGCCCAUCAUGGAGCAGGUCACCAGCGUGCUCGGCGAGGGCAGCAAGGCCGUCAUCGACUCCGACGAUCAGUACAAGGUCUUCGACGACGCCAACGCAUCCGACCCCUCGCACAGUUUGCUCUCCAAGGACCACUUCAACCUCAUCCUCAACGAGCCCGCGGGCAAGAUCGCCCAGGUCGUCGUCGAGAACACGGUCAAUGAAAUCGUGCAGGCGUGGGCGGACAACAGCGAUCCGGACCAGGUCAUUGACAGGAUUCUGGAGGCCUUCCACCACCCGUACUACGCUACGGGCAACUCGGAGAUUCAGCGUAAGAUGUUCGAUACGCUCGAGCGCUGGUUCGGUGGGCUUGGCGAGGAGGGUCGCGAGAUCAUCCAGCUCCUGACCAAGGAAAGCGUCCGCGAGGGCAAGAACAUUCGUCCCGGCUCCGAGGGCACCGGCGGUGGAUGCGGCGGCCAUGGCCACGGCGGUGGCCGCAGCUCGGUGCAGCAGAGCUCUCAGCAGCAGAGCUACGGCGGUGCUGGCGGUUACUUCAGCGGCGGCGGCGACAACUACGGGUCGCAGAACACGUACUCCUCCUCCCGUCGUGACGACGACAACAGCGGUGGGUACGGAGGCGGCCGCCACGAGCAGAGCUACGGCUCCAGCCGCCGCGACGACAAUGACGGCGGCUACGGAGGCAGCACCGGCGGCGGCUACGGAGGCGGCUCCAGUGGCUACGAGCCCUCUUACGGCGGCCGCGAUGAGUCGAGCGGCUACGGCGGCCGCGACGAGUCCAGCGGCUACGGUGGAGAGAGCCGCCACGAAGGUGGCCACCAUGGCCGUCGUCACGACGAGGGCAACAGCUACAGCGGCGGUGGUGGCGGCGGGUACGGUAGCAGCCGUCGCGAGGACGACAACAGCUACGGAAGCAGCGGCGGCUAUGGCGGGAGUACUGGCGGCUAUGGCGGUAGCACCGGUGGAUAUGGUGGCGAGCGUCGCGAGGAGAGCGGCGGCUACGGCGGCAGCGGAGGCGGCUAUGGUGGUGAGAGCCGCCACGAGGGUGGCCACCACGGCCGCCGUCAUGACGAGGAUAGCUACGGCGGUAGCGGUGGUGGCGGCUAUGGCGGCGAGUCUGGCGGCUACCAGCCUUCAUAUGCAGGUGGCCGCGAGGAGAGCAGCUACGGAGGAGGCGGUGGCUACGGCGGCCGUCGCGACGAGGAUCGCGGCGGAUACGGCGGCGGAGGCUACCAGCCUUCCUACGGUGGUGCCGAGGGUGGUUAUGGCGGCUCGUCCGGUGGAUACGGCGGUGGAGGUGGAGGCUAUGGGGGCGAGGAGCGCCGUGGCGGCUACGGUGGCGGCGACGAGACCUUCGGUGCCGAACGCCUGAACCUGGAUGAUGAAGGCGAAGGUCGUCGUCAUCACGGUGGUCGGCACCAUGGUGGAGGCGAGGGAGGAUAUGGAGGUGGUGAAGGCGGUUACGGCGGCGGAGGUUAUGGUGGUGGGGAGGGAGGCUACGGAGGCGGUGGGUACGGAGGUGGUGGGUACGGCGGUGGAGGAGGCUACUGAACGGACACCUUGCACUCCAUCACGAACAAUAAGCUGGACGAAAGGACGGUGUAUAGCUUCUGGAAGUCGAAUCAAAUGUAAACGUACAUAGCUUGUAGUACUUUGUGACGCUAAGACGAUGGUUGCCAGUCUGUUGAAGAGCACCUCUCUUGCCGAUGGAUAUAACAUGGUUUCUGUUGGUGCUACAAUGUUGCCAGCGUCGUCGCCUCGUACAUGCAGCCCCAUACUUCAUGAACAGAACACGGUGGCUGUCCGCGG